GAGGGGGAGGUGCCUCUCCCCUGCUCCCAGCCGGCGCGAGGCAAAGGCGAGGCUGGCCCAGCCACAUCUGCGCGGACAGGAGCUGCCGGCCGGGUCGCCCGCCCCGCACGCUGCCUGCCGCCCCCCACCGGCGCGCACACGCCCAGCCGGUUGGCUCGCAGACACGCGCUCGCUCUGCCUCCCCGGCCGGCCGCCCGCCGCCGCCCCCGACUCCCCAAGGGUCCCGACUCCGGAAAGUGAGCCUCGGUUCUCCACCCGGCCUGGCAGCCCGGUCCGACCUCCUGCGCGCCCCAUGCCGUCCCUCCUGCUGCUCGGGACCCUCCUGCUCCUGGCCUCGACCGCCCGCCAGGCCGGGGCGCGCCCGUCCAACACCACAAGCGCCGAGCCCCCGGGCCCGCUGCCCGCCCUGCUGGCGCACCUGCGGCGCCUGACCGGGGCGCUGACGGGCGGCGGGGGCGCUGCGGGCCCGGGCGCCAACGGCACCAGGACCAGCACGGCGAGCGGGACCGGCGCGGCGGCGCGGGCGCCCCCUCCGGCCGAGCUCUGCCACGGCUACUACGAUGUCAUGGGACAGUACGACGCCACCUUCAACUGCAGCACCGGCUCCUACCGCUUCUGCUGCGGCACCUGCCAUUACCGCUUCUGCUGCGAGCACCGCCACAUGCGCCUGGCACAGGCGUCCUGCUCCAACUACGACACGCCGCGCUGGGCCACCACGCCGCCGCCGCUGGCCGGGGGCGUCGGGGGUGCCGGGGGUGCGGGCGGGGGGCCCGGGCCCGGCCAGGCCGGGUGGCUGGAAGGGGGCCGGGCGGGGGGCGCAGGGGGGCGCGGGGGCGAGGGCCCCGGGGGCAGCACGGCCUACGUGGUGUGCGGGGUCAUCAGCUUCGCCCUGGCCGUGGGCGUCGGCGCCAAAGUGGCCUUCAGCAAGGCGUCCCGUGCGCCCAGGGCGCACCGGGAGAUCAACGUGCCCAGGGCUCUGGUGGACAUUCUGAGGCAUCAGGCUGGGCCUGGGACCCGCCCGGACCGGGCACGAAGCAGCUCCUUGACCCCGGGGGUCGGGGGCCCCGACAGCAUGCCCCCGAGGACGCCCAAGACCCUCUACAACACCGUGAAGCCCUCCAAUCUCGAUAAUCUGCACCACAACUACCUGCACCUCAACGUCAACAGCCCCAAGCACCAUGCCGCCACGAUGGACUGGCGUGCCGCUCCGCCACCCAGCCCCUCCUUGCACUACUCCACGCUGUCCUGCUCUCGGUCCUUCCACAACCUCUCACAUCUGCCCCCGUCCUAUGAGGCCGCUGUGAAAUCUGAACUCAACCGCUACUCCUCCCUCAAGAGACUGGCCGAGAAGGAUCUGGAUGAGGCCUACCUGAAGCGCCGGCACCUGGGGGACAUGCCCCGCGGGACGCUGCCCCUGCACACUCUUCGGCGACCUGGCACGGGGGGCGGCUACCGCAUGGAUGCCUGGGGCGGCCCCGAGGAGCUGGGCCUGGCGCCCGCGCCCAACCCGCGGCGCGUCAUGUCCCAGGAGCACCUGCUGGGCGACGCGGGCCGCGCGCGCUACGAAUUCACCCUGCCGCGCGCGCGCCUGGUGUCGCAGGAGCACCUGCUCCUCUCGUCGCCCGAGGCCCUGCGCCAGAGCCGGGAGCACCUGCUGUCGCCCCCGCGCAGCCCCGCGCUGCCCCCCGAGCCCGCCGCCCGCGCGGGUCUGGCCGCGUCCCAUUCCAACUUGCUGCUGGGACCCGGGGGGCCCCCCACGCCGCUGCACGGGCUGCCCCCGCCGCCCGGCCUGCACCCGCACCACCACCACGGUCUGCACGGCUCGCCGCAGCCCGCCUGGCUGUCGGACGCCGGCGGGGGAGGGGGCACGCUGGCGCGCAGGCCGCCCUUCCAGCGCCAGGGCACGCUGGAGCAGUUGCAGUUCAUCCCCGGCCACCACCUGCCGCAGCACCUGCGCACCGCCAGCAAGAACGAGGUGACCGUCUGAGGCCAGGCCCGGGGGCUUGGGGGCUGCGGCCUCGCGGGGGCCCCCAUCCCAGCCCGGAUCCCUCAACACACUCCAGGGGCCUGGGACCCAGGAUCAGCCUGUGGCCAGGGGGCUGCCUCCGAGGACACUGCUUUGGAUGAAAUCGUCACCGGAGACAAAACCUCCUUCUGGGAUGUCACGGUAGAUAAGAUCCCUCCUCCUAUGUCACCGUUUGAGGCAAGGCCUCUUUCCCAUGACGUUAUCACAGAGGAAGAGCCCUGCCUGUGAGCUCAUCACUAGUGAAAAUGUCUGUGUUCUGUGAUGUCAUCACAGGGACAAAACCUCCUCCCCAUUAAUCCGUCACAGAAGAAUAGGCCCGCUCCUGAAGUCAACACUAGCGGCCAUGUCUAUGUUCCAUGAAGUCAUCACAGACUUUCUUCCUGGGAGGUCACAGCAGAGGCAAUGCCUUACCCUAUGACAUCAUCCCUAGAGACAAAGAUUCCUUCCUGUGAAUGUCAUUGCAGAGACAAGUCUCACCCUUAUGAUGUCAUCUCCGGCACCAAAAGGCCUCUUCUGACAUCAUCGCCAGGAAAAUAUUUUCUUCCAGAGAAGAUGCCUGUGUCUAUGAUGUUGUCGCUACAGACAAAGCCAUCUUCCUGGGACACAUCGCAAACAAAAUGCCUUGCCAACUGUGUCCUCGCUAUCGAUAGGACUGUCCACGACAUUGUCACAGGGACUCUGCCUCCUUCCUGUGAUGCCAUCUCCAGAGAAGGUGCCUUGCCCUAUGACAUUAUCAGAGGGACCGUGCCUCUUCCCGUGAUGUCAUCACCAGAGGUGACAACCUGCCCCUGGGGCACUCCAGGAUGAGGCCCCUUCUGUGGUAUCACCACUGGACUCUGCCUGCUCGGAGAUGAUGCUGUAAGACACCUGCACUGCUCCUGCCCUAUCAUGAGAAGGCAGGGCACGCCCAGAAUCCAUGACAACCCCCCCAGGGUCACCAGAGAAAGUGCCCUGAGCUGAGACAUCUGAGGGAUGUUGUUGCUGCAGAGGCAACGCCACCCGGAGAGAAUGGUCUGACUGCAGGUUGUUGGCAGCAGGCCCCCGCUGAGGUUCUGUCCCGGGAUUGUGAUGACAUCACCACGGACACUGCCUGCUCUGGAGGGCCAUCAUUUGUGAUGGUGUCACCCGAGUUUCUGCCUUGUCCUGCCAUGACUUCACUCGGUCACUCCUGUCCCUGACAGCAAGGACAUGCCCUGCAGGACUUCCACCAGACUCUCCCUCUAAAGGGUGGCUGGGCCUCAGACCCCAUCCCUGUGCAGUGAUGUCACCUCCUGUGUGACUCCUCAAGGAGGCCACUCUGGCCCACCAGCCUCCCAGAGUCGUGGGACUCACAGUGGCCCGAAAGCUGGCCUCGUCUCUUUCUGCCAUAACGAGAGACAUCAUUGCCUCUGUCAACAAACUCCUGGAUUUCUGUUGGGGGUGAGGUGGGAUGGGGUCGGUUGGGGUGUGCCCACUGUUGAUUUGGCUGAUGAUAUCGUCGGUGCCAUAAGACUUCCACCACUCGUGAUGGCAUUGCACCUGGGGUCAAAUGCUAACCAUGUCUGAUGAUGACAUCAUUUCCCAGGAUUCCCUAUGACCUACGGUGUCCAUCUCCCAGGAUCUACCACAACCAUUGUAUCAUCUCCUAGGACCCAUCAUGACAUGUUAUGUCAUUACCUUCCAGAAUCCUCAAUGGCUGAUGGUAGCAUCCUCUACCAGGAUCCACUAGCACUGAUGAUGCCACCAUUUCCCGUAGUCCCUGACAACUGUGGUGUCAUCACUUCCCAGGACCCAUGAAAGCCAAUGCUAUCAUCACCUCCCAGGAUCCAUUUCAACCAUGGGGUUAUCACCUCCUGGGAUCCAUGAGCGCUAAUGGAGUCAUCACCCCCCAGGAUCCAUUUCAACCGUGAUGUCAUAACCUCCCAGGACCGACUCCCACCGUGGUGUCAUCACCCCCCAGGACCCAUGAGAGCUAAUGGGGUCAUGACCCCCCAGGAUCCACUCCCACCGUGGUGUCAUCACCCCCCGGGACCCAUGAGAGCUAAUGGGGUCAUGACGCCCCAGGAUCCACUCCCACCGUGG